AUGAAUUUCACAAAUAUCACGUUUCUUGAUGAUAACGUGACUGCAAUCAUUGAUACUUCCUGGAACCUAUCCAAGCACAGUCAAUCGACGGAUAGAAUUUUUCCGCUGCUUCACAAUUAUUACAAUCAUCAUGACCAAAUAGAUUAUGUGACUUUCAAUAAGUUUAUCAACACAAGCGCUAACCUAGCCUACCCGGGCGUUCUGAACACAAGCAUAUUUGAUUUUAUACGACUCGGUCUAUCAAUUUUGGGAAUCAUUUGCAAUAUCUCAGUUUUGGUGGCAAAUCUUAUCAAUGGGAGGAACAAACAUGGCAUCCUCAAAAUCCGACUUCUCGUAUUAUUCCUCACUCUCAUUAUGACAAUUAGUUGCAUCUUGAUGACAUUGGUGUUUGUGUUUGAUUGCUUGACAGAUGUGAUUUCCUGA